UUUGUGUUAUCAUGACUGUGAGAGAGGGAGGGACGGGAGAGGAGGAGGAGGAAGAGAGAGAAGAGAAGAAGGAGGAAGAGAGAGAGAUUCAACAAGAGGAGAAAGCUCAGUCAGUACCACACCGCUGAGAGGAACUCUACGCUAGAACACUACUCUUCUCCUCUAAUCCUCUACAGAGCCAGAUGAAGCCAAGUGUUCGUUCUUCAAACAGAUUAGCAUAUGGAGACAUAAGGGACAUCUUUAAAGGACUGUGCUACUUCUGCUCUAGCUGAGUUUGAGAGACCAGACACUCAAACAAGGACCAGCAGAGAGACAGCCCUCAUCCAGGACCAGCAGAGAGACAGCCCUCGUCCAGGACCAGCAAAGAGACAGCCCUCGUCCAGGACCAGCAGAGAGACAGCCCUCGUCCAGGACCAGCAAAGAGACAGCCCUCGUCCAGGACCAGCAAAGAGACAGCCCUCGUCCAGGACCAACAGAGAGACAGCCCUCAUCCAGGACCAGCAGAGAGACAGCCCUCAUCCAGGACCAGCAGAGACACAGCCCUCGUCCAGGACCAGCAGAGAGACAGCCCUCGUCCAGGACCAGCAGAGAGACAGGAAUUGAUUUUGACACCCCUGGCAUUGCAUACUGUAUGACUACAGUACAAACUGUAAUAUAUGUAGAGGACCUGUGGAACCUCUCUAGUGGAAUCCUGAACCCUGUGGAACCUCUUUAGUGGAAUCCUGAAUCACUGUGGAACCUCCUUAGUGGAAUCCUGAAUCACUGUGGAACCUCUUUAGUGGAAUCCUGAAUCACUGUGGAACCUCUCUAGUGGAAUCCUGAAUCACUGUGGAACCUCUCUAGUGGAAUCCUGAAUCACUGUGGAACCUCUUUAGUGGAAUCCUGAAUCACUGUGGAACCUCUCUAGUGGAAUCCUGAAUCACUGUGGAACCUCUCUAGUGGAAUCCUGAAUCACUGUGGAACCUCUCUAGUGGAAUCCUGAAUCACUGUGGAAUCUAGAACUAUCCUGCCUGGAAUCCUCCAUCUCUUCCCUGAACUGUUGAAUACGUUCUAGAACAGGUUCUAGAGUCAGAAUGGGUUCUACUGUUCCUGUUUGGUCCAUGUUGUUCGUACUGGUGGUGUUCCAAGCCUUCACAGUGGGACGGUGUCAGAGCCGCCCUGCCUCAGACCUCUAUCCAGACUUCCACAGUACAGACACCCCCCUGGGUCUACUACUGAACCCCCAAGAGCCCUCCUCAUCCCUGGGACUGAUACAAGACACCACAUCCCUGGACCUCCAUACCCCCAUCUCAUCCACACCUUCUCCUGACCCUGACCGUGGACACCAACAUCUCAAACAUGGACCCCGUCACUCCUCUUCCAACACGUCGUCUUGGGUAAUCCGUGUCCAGCCCAUAGUACCCCCUGUCUGCCACCAGGUGACCUUCAUAAAGACAGCCUUUAAAUACAUAAAUACGGUGAUUAGCUGUGUGAUAUUCAUGGUAGGGAUGGUGGGAAACGCCACUCUACUGAAGAUUAUCUACCUGAAUAAGACAAUGAGAAAUGGACCCAACGCCCUGAUAGCCAGCUUGGCCCUGGGGGACCUAAUCUAUAUCACCAUAGAUAUACCCAUCAACGUUUAUAAGCUCCUGGCUGGCUCAUGGCCGUUUGAUGACAGCUCCGUUGGUCUGUUCCUCUGUAAACUGUUCCCCUUCCUGCAGAAAGCUUCUGUUGGCAUCACUGUACUCAACUUGUGUGCCCUGAGCGUGGACAGGUAUCGUGCGGUAGCGUCGUGGAGCAGGGUCCAGGGUGUCGGUGUUCCCCUGUUAACAGCAGUAGAGAUCGUCUCUAUUUGGCUGUUAUCCAUACUGAUGGCUGUACCAGAGGCUGUAGGAUUCAACAUGGUCACCUUUGAGUACAG